AUGCAGCGCCUCCUGCUCGCCCUGGGCCUGGCCCUGGUGUGUGGCGUCCAGGCCGCCACCGUCCUCCAGCCCGUGGAGGAGCUGAACCUGCAGAAGGUCGCUGGGACGUGGCACUCCGUGGCCAUGGCGGCCAGAGACAUCUCCCUCCUGGACUCGGAGACCGGGCCUCUGAGGGUGUACGUCCAGGAGCUGAGCCCCACCCCCGAGGGCAACCUGGAGGUCAUUCUGAGCAAACGGGAGGACGGCAGGUGUGUGCAGAAGAAGGUCAUGGCAGAAAAAACUGAGCUCCCUGCUGAGUUCAAGAUCAACAAUCUGGAUGAGACCCAGCUCUCCGUGCUGGACACCGACCACGAGAACUACCUGAUCUUCUGCAUGGAGAACACCGACGCCCCCGGGGAGCGCCUCGUGUGCCAGUGCCUGACCAGGACCCUGAAGGCCGACAAGAAGGUCUUGGAGAAAUUCAACAGAGCCCUCCAGACUCUGCCCGUGCACAUCUGGCUGGUCUUCGACCUGACCCAGGGGGCAGAACAGUGCCGCGUCUAGGUCAGCUCCUGCCCGACCCGCACCUGGGGACCCAGAGACGACGUGGGAGGAAUCAGGAGGGGCCGAACCCCUGUCCGGCUGGACCUGCUCCUCCAGCCCCGGCGCCCCGGGCCCAGCCCGGGUCUCC